AUGAUACUUCAUUGUCGCAAUUGGAAUAAAAAGAAUCGCCUUUGUGCUCCUUAUUCGAAUAAUGGGCUUUUUUCCGAUGAUGUGUUGAUUGAGGUACUGUGUCGAUUGCCGGAAAAGCCUCUGAUUAGGUUCAAAUGUGUAUGCAAAUCAUGGGAUUAUAUAAUCUCUGUGUUUUGCUCUCUUCCUCUCUGUGGCUUUUUCUUCCGUACUUAUGCUUUCCCACCUCGUAUGCCCCUUGUAACCACAAAGGCGAGCAACCAAUCACGGGAUGCAUUUUUCCGUAAUUUGAGGCGCUUUGACAACGAACAGCUCAUUGAUAAUGUUUUUGUAGAAGACAACUGUGCCAUUAGUGGUGGUGGUGGAGGAUUUGUUGAUUCUGAAUUUUUGGCUAACUUACCAUUCCAAACGACUAAUGCAAAUGACUUUCUUGACAGUUACAAUGGCUUGUUUUUGUUCUUCAAUGCCUCUGAUUACCGGUACUAUGUGUGCAACCCUGUGGUGAGGCAAUAUGUGCUGAUUCCCAAAGCCCGCAGCAACCGACAGCAUCAUAUCUAUGCAACAUUGGCUUUUAACCCCUCCUAG